UCCACAAUAACGCAGUAACAGCAGAUGCAUGGCGCGCGCUCAUGGCUGCGUUCGGAUCCCUCCGCGCGCCCUGAGGAGCCCCACAGCACCUCCUGCUCUCCUCCUCCCAGAGGAGCAGAAAGUUCUCGCCCUGAAACGCUUUGGUGGCUCUGGUCGUCCAGCCUCCGCGCGCGUGUCUGCAGGUGUGCGCACACGCGGGCGGCGGAGAGGAAGCUGGGGGCCCAGGAGCCUGCGCACCACCGCUCUGCGCACACGCGCGCGCGCAGCCCUUCCAACACUUUUCUUCAGCGGCUCACCUCGCAUUUCCUCCUGUGGAUGCACGCGGCUGGUUAUGUUUCAGAAAGAGUCAGGACAACCUCUGAACCCGGCCACCACUACAGAGAUGCCUUCCAACAGCUUUUCUGCUGCAAUCAUGGAGGAGAGCAACAACAUGACGGCCACUGCGGCGGUGAACAGAGACACCUCUGGAGCUGAAGGUCUGUCCGAGAACGACAGCGGCGUGGAGCUGACCAAUGAGAACAGCCCUCUGACGGCAGCUGAACCGCCCUCCCCCCCCUUCAGCCCCAAACCCAACGAAGACGCUGCCUCAUCACAAGAUGCUAACCGCUGCUUGAGGGGAAGCAGGAAGAGGAGCAGGAAGAGGCCAGAGGAAGGGGAGCGUACCUGGGACUCCUACAGCGAGGAAAAGCCUUCACAGCUGAGCUUACGGCAGAAACCUCAGCCCAGGACCAUCUACCAGGCCGGUCUGACUCUGCAGAAACACACCAAGCCACGCAGACAGAACCGCAAAGAGGAGCACAGCGUGUCCGUGUUUACCUGUGGCCCCCGGGGGUCUGAAGGCGUGUCUGGAGGGGCCCCGGACACGCCUUGUCUGGAUCUGAUGGAACAAGACUCCAAAGACUCUGCCCAAAGCAGCAGCACCACGUCUAGCGCUGGAACCCAACCAGAGUACAACGACAAUAAAGGCUUUUGCAUCGGUGAGCUGGUAUGGGGGAAGAUCAAAGGUUUCUCCUGGUGGCCGGGCAUUGUGGUGACCUGGCGAGCCACCGGCAAGCGGCAGGCCAGUCACGGCAUGAGGUGGCUGCAGUGGUUCGGAGACGGCAAGUUCUCCGAGGUCUCAGCAGACAAGCUGGACUCCAUCACCGCCUUCCCCAAGUUUUUCAGCCAGGCGUCCUACACCAAGCUGGCCUCCUACCGCAGAGCCAUCUUCCAGGCAAUCGAGAUGGCCAGCGUCCGAGCAGGACAGGUUUUUCCUCCCUGUGACUCUGAGAACCCGGAGGAGCAGAUCAAACCCAUGCUGGACUGGGCCAACGGGGGCUUCCAGCCCAAAGGGAAGGACGGCCUGAAACCCUCACACAGUGGAGACUCCAACCCGCUGGACCAUCAGCUUCUGAACGUGUCUCUGCCUGAAUACUUCCCUGGAGCAAAGAGGCCCAAAAUCAGUCUGUGCAAGACCAAGGCCGCCCCCGAAGAGUCGUACUGCAGAGAACAAAUGGCCAAUGAAGUUCGAAAGAAGAAGAUCAACGUAGAGGAGUUCUGUCUUUCUUGUGGGAAGAUGAGAGUCGUAACCUUUCAUCCACUUUUUGAAGGAGGCUUGUGCCAAACAUGCAAGGACGUUUACCUGGAAAUGUCCUACAUGUACGAUGAUGACGGUUACCAGUCCUACUGCACCAUCUGCUGUGGAGGUCGGGAAGUUCUGCUGUGUGGAAACGUCAACUGCUGCAGGUGCUUCUGCGUGGACUGUCUGGACAUUCUGGUUGACCCCGGAGCUUCUAACAACGCUCGGUAUCUCGACCCGUGGCGAUGCUACAUGUGCCAGCCGCUGCUGCAGUACGGCAUCCUGAAACGCAGACACGACUGGAACCUGAAGCUGCAGGAGUUCUUUGCUAAUGAUAACGGACAGGAGUUUGAAAAACCAAAGAUUUACCCAGCAGUCCCAGCGGAGCAGAGACGGCCAAUUCGAGUCCUUUCUCUGUUUGAUGGCAUCGCGACAGGCUACCUGGUUCUGAGGGACCUGGGUUUUAAGGUGGACCAGUACGUGGCGUCAGAGGUCUGUCAGGACUCCAUCUCGGUCGGUGUUGUCAGACAUGAAGGGAAAAUCCAAUAUGUCCACGACGUCAGGAACAUCACCAAGAAAAAUAUUCUGGAAUGGGGUCCGUUUGACCUGGUGAUUGGAGGAAGUCCGUGCAAUGAUCUCUCAAUUGUCAAUCCUGCAAGGAAGGGCCUUUAUGAAGGUACAGGGAGGUUGUUCUUUGAGUUUUACCGCCUGCUGAGUGAGGCCAAGCCCAAGGACGGCGAGGACAGGCCCUUCUUCUGGAUGUUUGAGAACGUGGUGGCCAUGGGUGUCAAUGACAAGAGGGACAUCUCACGCUUCCUGGAGUGCAACCCUGUCAUGAUUGAUGCGAUUGAGGUUUCUGCCGCCCACCGUGCUCGCUACUUCUGGGGUAAUCUGCCAGGAAUGAACAGGCCUCUGUGCGCCUCGGGGAUGGACAAGCUGGAGCUGCAGGACUGUCUGGAGCACGGCAGAGUUGCUAAGUUUGGAAAGGUGCGCACCAUCACGACCCGCUCCAACUCUAUCAAACAGGGGAAAGACCAGCACUUCCCAGUACUGAUGAACGGGAAGGAGGACAUUCUGUGGUGCACGGAGCUGGAGAGGAUCUUUGGGUUUCCUGUCCACUACACGGAUGUGUCCAACAUGGGCCGCGGUGCCAGACAGAGACUCCUGGGCCGGUCCUGGAGCGUCCCCGUCAUCAGGCACCUCUUUGCCCCCCUCAAAGACUAUUUUGCCUGUGAAUAACCCCCCUCUCCUCUGACAGCACUGAUGAAGGGAUGAUGGAGGCUGCUCUCGUUCUGCUUUAAUCUGCUCCUCUCACCUCAAAGCUCCUCCUGUAGCAGAUCACAUGACCCCGACAGCGGGUCAGCAGGAGGUUCUGUUCUUCUUAGGCUUUGUUUAUCCCACUUUAAAGGCUUGAUAUUAGAUAGAUAAACAUGUGAAUGUGGCUCCUGAUCCUUCAUCCUCGGCUCUUUUCUGGGUGGAGAGCACACCGCCGAUCCACCGAUUUUCCUUAUUUCAAGAAAGGCCGCAGGUUGCUAACCAAAAAAAAAUGGCAGAUUGAAAAGUUGAAGUUUAAUUUUCAGUUUUUUAAUAGUGGUUAAAGAAACACUAAUUUGUUGGAGUUAAAGCACUAAAAGUUAACUUUAGAUGUCUAUCUUACAGCUAAUAUUUUGUUUUAAGGUUAUACUUUCUUGCAAGAGUUAAGACUUAGUAAAAAAAAAAAAAGUUUGUUUGGAAAUCAACAUGUUCCAGAGAGAUGAGGAGAACUGAUGGCUGCCGUGUUGCUGUCACUGUCUGUUGGAAAUGUGAACGCUGAGAUCGAGCUCGCCUCCGUUUGGUUCACAUCUUUAGUUUUUAGUGAGGAGCUUCAUCCUUUAGUGUGCAGUUUUUAUCAAUCAGACCAAAAGUAUUUGUUUUUUACUGUUUUUCUUCCAAGCACUGGAUCGUCUUUAUUUUGGUACCGUCUGACUCGCGGCCUCUGAUCUGUCUCCCGCUAGCAGACUCGAAUGAGGACGGCCGUCACCGAGUCUGUAACUGGGCAUUAUUAUCUCAGCUCCUGCACUGUGUUUUUAGCACUGGCUCCACUCCUGCAGUUUAACACAGAUCAGUAGAAUGUGCUCAGACGUUCUGUCACUAACGCUGACUUCCUUCACUGUUUGGCUAACUCAGUAUUUUCCAACUUUUAUAACAUUUCAUGGGCUUAAUUUAUAGGAUAUAUUAGCAGAUAAAUCUUGCUUUGCUAUUUUACCAUUGUAAUGUAGAAAGUAGAUUGUUGUGUGUAGUUUUCAGGAACAUUGUGUCUGUUAGUGACUUUAGUUUGUAGCCUUGGAUACAAAGGAUGUAAGUUUUUUUUUUUUUUAACAACAACUUUUUAUACUUUUAUAAGAGACACUUUGAAAGAAUUGUUAUUUUCUUCUUUUUUAUGCGCCAGUCUGUAGAACAUUUUUCAAAUGUACAUGUUUUUUAUAUUUAGUUAAAGAACAGUUUUAAACACUUGUUUGUGUGCUUACAGUGACUUUUAUAUAGUUUUACUCAAUAAAGAGCAGCUUUGCUGCACAAAACAA